AUGGCCAACGCCAGCCCUCAGGAAGCUCAAUUCAGCAAAGAUAGUAGGAUGAUGUGGAAAAUAGAGGACUUGUCCUUGGUGGAUAAGAAAGAGGUUAAAGACUUGUUGGCCAAGCUUAAGAUGAUGGGACCAGAUGGGAUGCACCUAUAUGUAGACCUGGAGCAUCUCUGCCUAGGAAGCAUGAACAGUUCCUGUGUGACACUGGCCGAGGUCCUGUGGGCAAAAGGAAGACCUUUGGAGGAAGAAGAAAUAUGGGCACUCAUGUACUUGACCACAGAGCAGCUUCUGGAGGACCUUCACAAAGACCCCGCCAUCUGUGUGAUAUGUCCAUGGUCGGUACUACUGUCUGCUGAAGGAAAUUUGUCCUUCCUAAAUAAUUCAUCUCAGAUGGAAGCUGUCCCUUUCAGUGCACCAGAAUUGCUCCACAAACAAAGUAAAAACGAACGCAUCAGUCUCUCAAAGAUGUUGGUGUAUUCCUUAGGAAUGACUCUCUAUUGGUCAGCAGACUACCAGGUUCCUCCAAAUCAGUCCCUCCAGCUGAGUGACCAACUACACACACUCUUGCUGACACUAUGUGAAGAUCUGCCACAUAAAAGACUGUCUCCUGAAUCAAUUCUGGAGGCAUGUGAGGCACAUCAGAAGGAGUCUGCUUCCUUACCAGCAAAAGUCUACAUAAAGAAAAUGGUCCAGUUUGCUGUGGGAAGUGACAAUGAGGUAGAGCAGGUAGUCAUUGAAGACAGCCCAGACUUUCAGCUUAACAGAAGUCAUGUCUUAAGGAAAAGACUGCAUGAGAAAAUAUCGGACACCUCACCACUGUCCUCCCAGAUGAAUUUUCACCAAGAUAAAUGGUCCAGAUUAAUGAAUUAUAGUCAGUCAACAGAAGAUUAUAGACAACUCUCUGCGGACUACAGUGACUCUAACAGUAUUUCGGAAAGUACAUCUUUGAUACUGUCUAACCAAGGACAUAGGAGAGAGAGAGUUCCACAAACACACCAGUCACGGGACCCCACCCUUAGUGGAUCAAGGACACAAAGUAGCUACAAGCUCUUCACAAACAGGUCAGCCAGUGCUGUAGAAGAAAUCCCUGCUGGAACUCAGAAGAACAGUAGACAAAACCUGCUAAGUUUAGAUUCCACAUUCUCUGUAUCUACAAAGGACUACACAGCAGCUGCUACAUCACAGAAAUGUUUGUUCCACAGGAAGGAAAAGUUUUCAGGUCCAGAAUUUAUUAUUUUGUCUAGUGAACCACCAGUGAGCUUACAGCUGCCUGGAUCAAUUGUGACUAAAAAAGGGAAAUCCUAUUUGUCCCAAAGAGAUCUCAACGUGAUUCUACUCAACGGGCAGUGCCUUGAGGUGCAAUGUGAUAUCAAGUCCAAGGCAAGAGAUGUUUUCAAUACCGUGUUGGCGUAUGCAAACUUGGUGGAACAUUUCUACUUUGGCUUGGCUUAUCUGAAAGGAAAAGAAUUCUUCUUUUUGGAUGAGGAGACCAAACUCUACAAAGUGGCUCCAGAUGGCUGGAAUGACCAGUCCAAGAAGAAAACCUCCAUCAUUAAUUUCACACUCUUUCUAAGGAUAAAAUUCUUUGUCAAUCACUUCAAUGUUAUCCAGCAUGGCUUGACAAGGCACCAGUUUUACCUGCAGCUUCGUAAAGAUAUUUUGGAGGAGCGAUUAUAUUGCAAUGAUGAAACUGCCCUGAAACUCGGUGCUUUGGCUUUACAAGCAGAGCUUGGCAACUAUGCUUCUGAGAUGCAUGGAAAGAGCUAUUUUCGUGUUGAAGACUACAUUCCAGCGAGCAGAAUACAGAAAAUGACCUUGGCAUACAUACAGCGAGAGCUUGCUAAACUACAUCGUAUGAAUCGCUCCCUGUUUGAGGAUGAAGCUGAACUAGAAUUUUUAAAGGUGACUCAGCAGCUUCCUGAAUAUGGAGUAUUGUUCUAUCAUGUGUCUCAAGAGAAGAAAGGAGCAGGAGGGGACAUCAUCCUGGGAAUCUGUGCCAAAGGCAUCAUUGUAUAUGAGGUCAAAAAUUGCACAAGAAUUGCCAGUUUAAGAUUCCAGUGGCGUGAAACAGAGAGAAUUUCAGCUCAUAAAAAAAAAUUCAUGAUUGAAAGCAGCUUCAGUGGCAAGAAACACACCUUCAUUACUGAUACAGCAAAGACAUGUAAAUAUCUACUGGACCUCUGCUCUGCCCAACACAAAUUCAACGCACAGAUGAAUUCUAGACAACUUCAUCAAGCUUCAUCAGAGGAAAGUAAAUUUGUGGAAAUAGGCAAAUCAAAUUCUGCAUAUGCAGCUCAGCAGGAACACCUUGCCCUGAUUCAGAGACUGUCUCGUUCAGAGAAUCUGCUCUAUGGAGCAAAUCUGGAAAACCUUUCUGCUGGGAUGUUGAGCAAAUCUUGUGAUAACCUCAGUGCAGAAACCAACAAAAGGACUAGAGACAAAAGCAACCUUGGCAGAUCCACAUCGGGGCUAUCCCAGUCAGAAAUGCACAUUAAUUUCAAUGGAAAGCAAAGGAGUUAUGACUACCUCUCUAUCCGUUCAACUCAGAACACAAUCAGUGCACCUGGAUCACCAGCCAUCCAAAAGGAGGCUUCACUAAGUGGUCUAGAAAGAGAAAUCAUUUGUGUCAGCCUAAAACGUGACGCUAAGAAUGGAUUUGGUUUUGUAAUUAUUGGAGGAGAAAAUGUAGGAAAAUUAGACCUUGGUAUCUUUAUCGCUUCAAUUAUACCUGGUGGACCUGCAGACAGAGCUGGAAAUAUCAAACCAGGAGGACGACUCAUCUCUGUGAAUAAUAUUAGUCUCGAGGGCGUUUCAUUUAAUACUGCAGUUAAAAUCAUACAGAAUUCUCCUGAUGAAGUAGAGCUCAUCAUCUCGCAACCCAAAGACAUGUAUGAAGAAAGAUUAAAUGAAGAAAAGAAUCUAUCAAGAGGAAACAGCAGUAGUGGAUCCGAGAUCUCUUUCGCAGACAGUGGGAGAAAAAAAAAUCAUGAUUAUCACACAGCUUGCCCCAGAGAACAGGAUAUAAGUGUAGAUGAACUUGAGAAGGCUCUUUCUUGGAGUUUGGCACCAAAAUUGGGCCCUAGGAUUCCAGUUCCUUCAGCUGAUAUCCUGGAUGUGGAGGAACCCGAUUCUUCGCACUUAUCAUCUCCAUCUGAAUCUAACUCAAAGGAAAUUUAUACUGUGGAGCUUGUUAAAGAAGAUGGAACUUUUGGAAUCAGUGUGACUGGUGGAAUUAAUACUAGUGUGCGUCAUGGUGGGAUAUACGUGAAGUCAAUUAUUCCCAUGGGACCAGCAGAUAAGGACGGACAAAUAAAGAUAGGUGAUCGACUGCUGGAAGUAGAUGGCAUCAGCCUCUGUGGCAUCACCCACAAACAAGCUGUGGAACACCUUAAGAAAUCUGGCCAGAUUGCCAAGCUGGUUUUAGAAAGGGGAAACUACCAAUUGGCAGAGCCACGCCUGACUGCUAAUGACAGAAAGGAGGACCAAAGUGCAGUUUCUGUGGCAACAUCCUUCACAGAUGGUACCAAAGACUGCUGUUUUGUGACAGAUGAUAACACAUUUGAAGUCAAAUUGACAAAGAAUUCUGGAGGCCUUGGCUUCAGUGUUCUGCAAACAGAAGCAGAUGCUUGUGAACAUCUUGGAGGAGGUAUUGUCAGGAUCAAAAGAUUGUUUCCAGGGCAGCCAGCUGAAGAAAAUGGUGAAAUUGAAGUCGGAGACAUCAUUUUAGCUGUGAAUGGGAAACAUAUUCAAGGACUUUUGUAUCAGGAUGUCCUGCACUUGUUAAGAGGAGCUCCUCCAGAAGUCACACUACAACUUUGCAGACCACCAAAAGGUGUUCUUCCAGUAAUAGAGCAGAGUCCCCUGACACUAGCACCAUCUCCAAUUAAGGAGUUUGUGGCAGAAAUGCCAGGCAAUACAGAGGCAGGAAAUAGUAUGGAUCAGUCUACCAGUGAUGGAGGUAGCACCUCUCCAGACCUUGAAGACUGCUUGGAUUCUCGAGUGGCAGCAGAUUUCAGUGAGCCUUCUGAAGAGGAUAGCUCAGUUUAUGAAGAGCAGCAAGAUGAGUUUCAAGAAAAGCCCAUACAGAAACUCAUGACUGCUAGAGAAAGACUCCUUUGGAAAUUUCAUGAAGAAGCUGCCAGUUCUGAAGCCUUCCACUCCCUAGAAGAAGAAAUGAAGCAGAACUGCUACUCACCAAGUGAAUUUGGACAGGCCAAAAGCCACAUAUUUAAUAAGAAUGAUGAUGACCUAUCAAAACCAAAAUAUAUGCCUGAAACUCUCACCCCUAUUGAUGAAGAGUAUCUCACUGUCAGCUCAAUGUCUGUGACCUCAUUUUCACGUGGAGGAAGCCCUGCAACACUAUCUGCAGCUAUGGUGACCCCACAACCACGUGUUUGUGGUCCAAUCCCAGCAUCCCUGCCUGCUAGAGAGAAGCAUGACAGUGACAAUGAAUGGGAAGACCUGGAGGAAGUAGAGGAAGAAAAAGAAGAAAAAGAAGAAUGCACUAGGGAAAUGAAGGUCUUUGUAAAUUUGACAAAGUCAGAGAACAAUGGUUAUGGAUUCUCUGUAGUUCUUAACAAAGUAGAUGCCUGCCUUUAUGUUGACGAAAUCUUGAAUGAGCCUGCCUUGUCUGAUGGAAGACUAAAAAGAGGGGACAGAAUUAUUAUGGUGAAUGGAAUCGAUGUCACAUCUUUACCAUGCAAUGAAGCCCUGACUUUACUGCAAAGCUCUCCUCAUGAUCUGCACCUUGUGGUUGGUCGUGCUGACAGUGAUCCACAUCCCUCUGUUAGGCCAGAUGAGAUUCCCGAGAUUACUCUCACAAAAGGUGCCAAUGGACAGCUAGGCUUGAAGUUGACAGGAGGAGCUGGAAGCAAGUUACAAGGUAUUUAUGUGCUAGAGAUAGUGCCUGGCUCACCUGCCAGUGUGGAAGGCAGUUUGCAGCCACAAGAUCAGAUUGUUUACAUCUGUGGACUGUGGACAGAGGGCAUUAGCCUGGAUGAUGCAGUGAGAGUGUGUGAAGCUGCCACCCAGAAUGUCCAAAUCAAAGCCACAAGAAAUGGCAAUCCAGUGGUUCCUAUAGAGCAGGAAAAUAGGCCACCUGCUGAGACAGAGAAUGCCAAUAUUUAUUUCUCAAAUGAAAACUUGAAUUCCCAAGAACAGCAUCUACUGCAUCAACAUGAGAAACGUUUGGAGGAAACAAAUUGUGAUACUCAGCAAAAUACUCCUGAUUCUCCAGAAUGUAAGGAUUUCAUUAUUAAGAUUGAACUGGAGAAAGCAGAAAAUGGAAGCCUAGGAUUUGCACUGGUAGGUGGAAGAAAUGGCAGGGCUAUCCUAAUAAAAGCUAUCAGCCCAGACAGCGUUGCAGACCUAGAUGGAAGGCUUCAAGUUGGUGAAUGA